UGGCGUAGUUACUCUUCAAAUUGGCUCGGUAACAACUUCCGUUUUCUGUCACGUGGGGGAUUUUGGAUGUGGAGAUGGAGCUUGGACCCUUGUUAUGAAGAUUGAUGGCAGCAAGUUAACUUUUCAUUACGACUCCAAUUAUUGGAGCAACAAGGAAGAGUAUAAUCUCCCUGGAGGAGUGACUGGGUUUGACUCACUGGAAACCAAAUUACCGACCUACUGGAACAUAUCAUUCUCCAAGAUCUGUCUCGGUAUGAAGAUUAACGAAGAACUCAGGUUCAUUGUUAUCGACAAGAUCGCCGAUUCCCUCUACGCACUGAUCGCUGACGGGCAAUACCGUUCCACCAAUUUGGGUCCAUACAGGUGGAAGUCCCUGAUUGGCUCACAGGGUUACUUACAGCAACACUGUAACAAAGAAGGGUUCAACCUUGUACCGGAGAGUGCAUACUGGAAGAAUAAAGCUUGUAAAGCAAGAAUCGGUAUUUUCGCCAACAACCAAAACAAUUGCGGUGAUGUUGACUCUAGAAUCGGGUUUGGAACAGGAGGGGGUGGAGAUAGAAACAACACGUGUGGAAACGAUGGUGGCCCGAGACACAUUAAAGCCAUGGGAUACAUCUUGGUUCAGUGAAGAGAAAGAAGAGAACAUUAACACA